UAAAUGAAAGAGUCGCGUUUCGAACUCGGAAGGUUAGGUACCGCGGAGAUGAAAAGGAAAGUAAAGACUUUGGGAACAUAACCAAAGGAGCAGCUAUUAUAUGAGAGAUCAAAUAUAUGAUAAUCUAGUCUGGUCUAAUUUGGUCGAAAGGGCGAUUCUGCUGCUGGGUCUUGGUUCUUCUCUACCCAUUUCCGUUUCACAAUGGUUGAAUCAGAUAUCAAGGACUUUGGCAGCAUGGUGGACAGAACCAGUGGAUUGCCGGAUGAAAUUCUUGUGAGCAUACUGUCUCUAUUGUCCCUAAAGGAAGCACAAGCUACUAGUAUCCUUUCUAGGAGGUGGCAGUAUGUGUGGGCUUAUUGUAUUACUCUCAACUUUGCUGAGAAGAUAUUAGUCAGAUUUAGGGAGUUGGACAGAGAAGCACGCGAGUUGGAAAGGUGUAGGUAUGUCAAUUGGGUGGACAGUGUGUUGAAGCAACACAGAGCUGUAAACAUUGAGCUAUUUAGGGUUGCUUUUAACCGUGGUCCUAGAAGUAGUAUUGAUGAAUGGAUUCAACUAGCAAUGAGGAAAGGAGUUCAAAUGCUUGAGUUGGACUUCUCUGCACAUGCUCCUCUGUUGGAUGAAAAAUACAGAUUUAGUGGCAAACUGUUUGGUAUCGGCGAAACCUCUGGUUUGGAGUCCUCCUGUUCUGAAUACAUUGGUUUUAAGUGCCUCAAAGUUCUUGAUUUGAAAUCAGUUGAAGUAGACCAAGUAGUUCCUGAGUACUUCAUUUCUAACUGUCCAGUUCUCGAAAGACUAGCCGUAUAUAAAUCAUACUCACUGGUUAAUCUUAGAGUUGUUGGUCAAUCGAUUGCAUUGAAGUACUUAGUGAUACAAAAAUGUUUCGGUAUUGAAAGCAUUGAGAUAUCUGAUGCAAACCUAGUCUCUUUUAUCUAUGAAGGAGGUCUGGAAAACUUGCUUCUUAGGAAUCUACCACUUCUUGUUGAGAUAUCACUUUUGGAAGGGUUGAUAUGUUAUGACUUAAAGAUUGCCUCCCGGUCCCUUUCGUGCUGUCUCUCUCAGCUUGAGAUUCUCAAACUCAAGUAUUGUAAUAUUCCGCCUAGUCUAUACUUGUUAUAAAUAAGUUGCAGUCCUUUUCUUUUGUUGUGGUUUAUGUUGGUGCCUCACGUGAUGUUUGCUUUUCAGUGGUGCGAAAGGGAUCCUGUAAUUCCUAAGUUACCUAAUCUCAAGCGUUUGGAAUUAGAAUUUGAUGAUAAUGACAACUAUGCUCUUCUCCAUCUUGCAUCUUUCAUUAAGGAAUCUCCUUGCUUGCAUACACUUGUGUUAAAGGUUUGUAUUUUGUAUGUCCCGCUAAUGGCUGUUUUGUUUAUCAAAUACAAAAACUGUUGAUGAUGAUGAAAUCCAAUGUCCUUUUGAUGUAUGUUCAGGUUAAAUUGCAACUUACCACUAUCAGUGUUUAGCUACCACUUUUUCGAUACUUCUUUGGAUGAAUAUUGGUUUUUA